AUGGUGGUAUGGGUUCAGCUUCCAGCCUAUCCGAUUCAUCUCUAUCAUCAAGAGAUCCUGUUCUCAUUAGGGAACAUGAUAGGACGUGCUAUCAAGCUGGACUUUCACACACAGCACCAACAGAGGGUGAAAUUUGCCCGGAUGGCCGUCGAGCUUGACUUGUCUAAACCUCUGGUUACUCGUAUUCGGCUAGAUGGCAAAUGGCAGUACAUAGAGUAUGAAAACCUGCCAAAGGUUUGUUUCGAAUGUGGAAGGAUAGGGCACGCAACGACGGCCUGCCCAUCUCUGUGCGAACCUAUGCUGUCGAUUGUGGCCGGAGCCGAUACCUUGUCGCCGGAGAAAGGGUCGGAAGAGUCGUCGGAGGAAAAAGCGGGUUUCGGCCCGUGGAUGCAGGUCACACGGCGAUCAAGGCGAGGAAACCGGCCGCAAGAGAAGGGAAAAUCGGACGGAAAUCAGGGGGAGCUCAUAUCUGGGGGGAAAAUGGAGAAAGGAAAAGUUGAGAAAGGAAAGUCUGAGUCGAAAUAUGAGGAAGGCGCUAGCGGAUCUAAAGGGGGAAACAAAGAUUCGCAGGACCAACGGUUGGAUAUUCACAAACAAAGCAAGUCAGAUAAAGGAAAGGCUUCAGGGGGAUCGCCUCCAAAAGGGAAAGAAAAGGUGGGGAAAACCUCGGCAGAAAUAGGAAUAGGGGGGAGGGGUGUUUUGGGGCCCAUACCUCCUAAGCAAAAGGCCUUGAGUGUGCGGCCCAACAGGCCUGAGUUGGAACAGGAAAGGAAGCAGGAGUUGGGCCCGGUUGGAUCAGACAAAGCAGGCGGACCGAAACCCAACAAGACUAAUAUGAAUUUACAGAUUGGGCCUGGUCCUUCUAACUCAGGCCCCCCACCAACCCAAAUCAUCACGGGCCCAAACAGCACUUCGAUCCAAAUCGUCUCCGUCCAGAGCCUUGAGAGUCAGCAAGCGGGUGAACAGAGGGAGGGUGCUCCUUCGGCGGUUCAGCGAAUCAAAAACCAGCGAGCUCACAAGAAGAAGAAGGACAAGUCUCCGCGGAAGAAUCCAGUGAUGAUCACAACCAAGGCUCUGCAAGUCUGGACGCCGGUGAAGGACAAGAAGAGCAAAGCCAGAGCUCGAUUAGCCUCUCUUACUCUGCAGGAGAUAGAAGCUUGGACGGAAGCGGCGAAGGCGGGCACAACGGAGAUAAACCCGCCCAAAGCUCUGGAGACAGAGAAUAGGGUGGAGUUGGAACCUGCGUCGGAGGCUGCUGUCUCGCCCUGA